GGCGGUGAUGUCACCAGCUCAGUGGAGCUCGAGCAUCCCUGUCAGAGACAGGGAGACAACAGAGCCAUUUUGACCGCUUCCGAGCUUGGAAACCAAAAGCGGCCGCCUUCCUUCCUCGGUCUUCGGCGAGGCGCGGCCGGAGGGCGGUGUGUGUCCACAAGACGCCGUCGGCGGUGACCUCCAGCCUGGCUGCUUGAAUGGAGAGAGGCUGCUAGCAGGGGCAGAGCCAGACUUGGAGACCAGCGGAGGCGGAGGCAGCUGCGGAGCUGGAUAAUAAAACAGGCUAGCACCACUAAGGCGGCUCGGAGCCGGGAUCAGGACGUUACUGCCACCGAAGAAAUCUACGGGCUUGGUGCCAAGAAGACAGCACCAUGGCAGGGGCCUCUGUGAAGGUGGCAGUGCGCGUCCGCCCCUUCAACUCAAGGGAGAUCGGAAAGGAAAGCAAAUGCAUCAUUCAGAUGUCUGGAAACACCACCACCAUCAUCAACCCCAAACAGGCCAAAGACAACAAGAGCUUCAACUUUGAUUACUCCUACUGGUCCCACACCUCGCCCGAGGACGUUAAUUAUGCCUCUCAGAUGAGAGUAUACAAAGACAUUGGAGAGGAAAUGUUGCUGCAUGCCUUUGAAGGCUACAACGUCUGCAUCUUUGCCUAUGGCCAGACAGGUGCCGGCAAGUCUUACACCAUGAUGGGGAAACAGGAUGUAAAGGAUCAAAAAGGAAUAAUUCCCCUGAUGUGUGAGGAUCUUUUCACUAAAAUCAACGACAAUACAGACAACAGCAUGUCCUACUCUGUGGAGGUGAGCUACAUGGAAAUUUACUGUGAACGUGUGCGGGACCUGCUGAAUCCUAAAAACAAAGGGCACCUGCGUGUUCGGGAGCAUCCACUGCUGGGGCCUUACGUGGAGGACCUCUCUAAGCUGGCUGUCACUUCCUACAAUGAUAUUCAGGACCUGAUGGACUCUGGAAACAAGGCUAGGACUGUGGCUGCGACCAACAUGAAUGAGACAAGCAGCCGCUCUCAUGCGGUCUUUAACAUCAUAUUCACCCAAAAACGCCAUGAUGCAGAGACCGACAACACCUCUGAGAAGGUCAGCAAAAUAAGUUUGGUGGACUUGGCUGGCAGCGAGAGGGCAGACUCCACGGGAGCUAAAGGAACAAGGCUCAAGGAAGGGGCAAACAUCAACAAAUCUCUAACCACACUGGGUAAAGUCAUCUCUGCCUUGGCAGAAGUGGAUUCUGGGCCAAAUAAGAACAAAAAGAAGAAAAAAGUGGAAAGCUUCAUCCCCUACAGAGAUUCUGUUUUGACCUGGCUACUGAGAGAAAACCUGGGGGGGAAUUCUCGUACUGCGAUGGUGGCUGCUCUGAGUCCAGCCGAUAUCAAUUACGACGAGACCCUCAGCACACUCAGGUAUGCUGACCGUGCUAAACAGAUUCGCUGUAAUGCUGUCAUCAAUGAGGAUCCCAACAACAGACUGGUGCGUGAGCUGAAGGAGGAGGUGUCACGCCUGAAAGAUCUCCUUUAUGCCCAGGGCUUGGGUGACAUCAUUGAGACAUAUCGAACAUCUGGUGCUGAGAUAGAGGGUUUGAAAUACCUGUCUGAUUACAAGAACAAUAACAAUAAAGACCAAGCUGUGAAUCAAAGGGAUGAUCUCUCCACAGUGACCAAUGCCAUGACGGGGAUGAGUCCCUCUCCGUCUCUCUCUGCCUUGUCCAGCCGUGCUGGAUCCAUUGCCAGUCUGCAUGACCGCAUCAUGUUCAGCCCAGGGAGUGAGGAGGCUAUUGAGAGACUGAAGGAAACGGAAAAAAUCAUUGCAGAACUUAAUGAGACUUGGGAAGAAAAACUUCGGCGAACUGAAGCCAUCAGAAUGGAAAGAGAGGCCUUGCUGGCAGAAAUGGGUGUAGCAAUGCGAGAAGAUGGUGGGACCGUCGGAGUCUUCUCCCCCAAAAAAACACCUCAUUUGGUGAACCUCAAUGAGGAUCCUCUGAUGUCUGAGUGCCUGCUGUACUACAUUAAAGAUGGAAUCACCAGGGUUGGACGUUUAGAUGCCAGUAACCGCCAGGACAUUGUCCUUAGUGGCCAUUUCAUUAAGGAUGAGCACUGCACGUUUACUAGUUCUUCUGAUCCAAUAGGAGAAAUAGCAGUUGUCCUGGAGCCUUGUGAAGGAGCUGAGACGUAUGUCAAUGGAAAGAGAGUAACAGAGCCUACUGUCCUCAAAUCAGGAAAUCGCAUUAUCCUGGGAAAGAGCCAUGUGUUCCGGUUUAACCACCCUGUGCAGGCCAGGGCUGAGAGGGAGAAGACCCCCUGUGCUGAAACACCUGCUGAGCCUGUGGACUGGGCCUUUGCUCAGAGGGAGCUGCUGGAAAAACAAGGCAUUGACAUGAAGCAGGAAAUGGAUCAGAGGCUGCAGGAAUUGGAAGAUCAGUAUCGCAAAGAAAGGGAGGAGGCAAACAAUCUUCUGGAGCAACAAAGACUGGAUUAUGAGAGCAAGCUGGAGGCUCUUCAGAAGCAAGUGGACCGCUGUUACCCAGAAGUCACUGAGGAAGAGGAGGAGUCUGAAGAAGAAGUGCAGUGGACAGAGAGGGAGCGAGAGCUCGCUGUGUGGAGUUUUCGCAAGUGGACCUGUUACCAGUUCACCUCACUUCGUGACCUUUUAUGGGGAAAUGCCAUUUUUCUCAAAGAGGCCAAUGCUAUCAGUGUGGAACUCAAAAAGAAGGUCCAGUUCCAGUUCGUGCUGCUCACAGACACACUCUACUCCCCCCUGCCUCCAGACCUGUUGCCCCCAGAAGCAACAAAAGACAGAGAGAAGCGGCACUUCCCACGCACCAUUGUGGCCGUGGAGGUGCAGGAUCAAAAGAAUGGAGCCACUCACUACUGGACAUUGGAAAAAUUAAGGCAGAGGCUCGAUCUCAUGCGAGAGAUGUAUGACCGUGCUGCUGACGUGCCCAACAAUACCAGCGAGGACUGUGAAAAUGCGAUGACGGGGGGUGACCCAUUCUAUGACCGCUUCCCGUGGUUCCGACUGGUUGGCAGAAACCCCAUAUUCAACACAUGCAUGAGCGAUCGCAUGAGUGACCCCACCCCAUCCCCAACCCUCUCCACCUCUGAAAUUACUGAGCUGGCUGACUCGCAGCGGGAGGGGAGAGGGGAAGAGGAGGUGUUGGAGGAGUUGGAGGACCUGGACGAUGAUACCUUUUUGGACGACCCUUGCUCGGAGCUCGGGGGAGAGGAUGAUGAUGAUUAUGAUGAUGAUGAGCGAGAGCUCUGCCGAGGCUCCAGCGAAGGCCAGGAUCCCUUUUACGACCGCUCACCAUUAUUCAGUGUAGUGGGAAGGGCUUUUGUUUAUUUGAGUAAUCUCCUGUACCCAGUUCCUCUUGUGCAUCGCGUGGCCAUUGUCAGUGAGAAGGGAGAAGUCAAGGGCUUCCUACGAGUGGCCGUGCAGGCCAUAUCAGGUGCUUUGUGUUUUCCUCCAGCUGACGAGGAAGCGCCAGACUACGGCUCAGGGGUGAGGCAGUCAGGUACUGCCAAAAUCUCAUUUGAGGAUCAGCAGUAUGAAAAGUUUCAGUCAGAGUCCUGCUCCAUAGGACUGUCCCGUACAGGCGUUUCCCAAGAGGAGCUUCGCAUUGUGGAGGGAGAGGGGCAGAAUGCUGAGAUGGCACCCUCAGCUGAUGAGGUUAACAACAACACAUGUGCGGCUGGUGCAGAUGAGUUGGAGACAGCGCUGAAGGCCGGUCUGGAGGGACCGCUCGAUGCCCUGGAGCACCUCAAGGUUGGCAACGUUUUCACCUUCAGGGUGACUGUCCUGCAGGCCUCCAGCAUCUCUGCAGAAUACGCUGACAUCUUCUGCCAGUUCAAUUUCAUCCACCGACAUGAUGAGGCUUUCUCUACUGAGCCGCUGAAAAACACAGGCCGCGGCCCCCCUCUUGGCUUUUACCAUGUGCAGAAUAUUGCAGUUGAAGUCACUAAAUCCUUCAUUGAUUACAUCAAGACGCAGCCAAUUGUGUUUGAGGUGUUUGGACAUUACCAGAAGCAGCCUUUUCUCCCUCUUUGUAAAGAUGUCAUCAGUCCAUUACGUCCCUGUCGAAAACAGUUCCCACGAGUGAUGCCUCUCUCCAAACCGGUGCCUGCUACCAAGCUGACAACCAUGGCCCGCCCCCAGGCGGGACCCUGCCACUCUAAAUACGAUCUGAUGGUGUUCUUUGAGAUCUGCGAGCUGGAGGCCAACGGAGACUACAUCCCUGCAGUGGUUGACCACAGAGGAGGGAUGCCUUGCCAUGGCACAUUUCUGCUGCACCAGGGCCUCCAGAGGAGAAUCACUGUUACUAUAGUACAUGAAUCAGGCGGUGACAUGGAGUGGAAUGAAGUUCGUGAGCUUGUAGUUGGGCGUCUACGCAACACCCCAGAGUCUGACGAGACCCUCGUAGACCCCAAUAUUCUGUCUCUCAACAUAUUGUCCUCUGGGUAUGUCAGACCUAUGCAAGACGACAGACAGUUUCUUGAUUCGGACAUGCCUAGCAUUUCCUUGGGAGUUGACCAUAGAACCUUCUAUCGCUUCGAGGCUGCUUGGGACAGCUCCAUGCACAACUCUCUGCUAUUAAAUCGGGUUACUCCAUAUGGGGAGAAAAUAUACAUGACCCUCUCAGCCUACCUGGAGAUGGAAAACUGCACCCAGCCUGCAGUCAUAACCAAAGAUAUCUGCAUGGUGUUUUACUCUCGUGACACCAAGCUUUCAGCAUCGCGCUCUAUCCGCAACCUUUUUGGCACUGGAAGUCUGAGAGCGGCAGAUGGAAAUCGCAUAACAGGAGUUUAUGAAGUCAGCUUAUGUAACCUGGCGGAUGCAGGAAGCCCAGGCAUGCAGAGGAGACGUAGGCGGGUGCUGGACACCUCAGUGGCCUACGUCCGAGGAGAGGAGAACCUGGCUGGAUGGAGGCCUCGCAGUGACAGCCUCAUUCUGGACCACCAGUGGGAGCUGGAGAAGCUCAGCCUACUUCAAGAUGUGGAGAAGACCAAACAUUAUCUCUUGUUGAGGGAGAAACUGGAGUCUACCUUGGUCAUGGGCCAGGACUUCUUCCAGUCCUGUGUCACCGAGGAUCUGGGUGAUUCUCCUCAGCCCUCAGAGGUGGACCUGGACCAGACCAGCUCUGAAAUCACCACUGAGAGACAAAGAGAGCUGGCGGCCAAGUGUUUGAGGCUGCUCACUCACUCCUUCAACAGAGAAUACAGCCAUGUGUGUGUCAGUGCCAGUGAAAGCAAGAUCUCAGAGAUGUCUGUCACAACACUAAGAGACUCCACUUCAGUUUCUGCUCUCAGCACAAUCAUACCCUCCUCAACAUGCCCUUCACUGGUUGAUGGCUGCUAUGCCAAUGCUGAACUCAGACCACCUCCACCUCGCUCUUGUGCCGUCAGCCCCAGUCCUGACACACAGCAGGACGCAGCGGCCAAGAAGUCCGGCAAUGGAGCUUCUGAAACCAGACCUCGAACUCGCAAAUUUGUCCCCGACAUUCAAGAGAUUAGAGUCAGCCCCAUUGUGUCGAAAAAGGGUUACAUAUAUUUCCUGGAGCCCCAAACCAACGGGUGGGUUAAACGUUACGUGGUCGUGCGCCGCCCAUACGUCUACAUCUACAACACAGAAAGGGACACCGUGGAGCGAGCCAUCCUCAAUCUCUCCUCUGCCCAGGUUGAGUACAGUGAAGACCAGCAGGCAAUGCUGAAGACCCCAAACACAUUUGCCGUGUGCACAGAACAUCGUGGAAUAUUGCUUCAAGCUGCAAAUGACAAAGAGAUGCAUGACUGGCUGUACGCGUUUAAUCCUCUUCUUGCUGGAACUAUCAGAUCAAAGCUAUCGAGAAGACGAGCCAGUCAGAUGAGGAUGUGAAACACGAAUCAGCAAUUCUCAUCAGAGAAGAAAUGAACACAAAGACUUAACUGUAUAUAGAUCCUUGUCCCUAGCCCCUCUAUGCUGAGCCCCUUUCCCAACUCUGCCGUCACCAACAAACCAUCCUCCUCCUGUACAUUCUCAGUUUAACACUAGUGUCCUCAGCACCCAAAGCACCCAUUUCAUGUCAGGCUUUUUACCGCAGUGUGAGUCUCGUAGUUUGAAGAACCUCUUCAAAACGCCGUCACUGUACUGUACUGGACGAAUGAAGUGAAAAGGUAGCAACAGCUUGUUAUCUCAGAAUAAAUACGUGUGAUAAUGUACUGUAGUCGUUGUCAGAGCCACAUCAAGCCUUAUACAUUUAUUCCUUGGUCUAAACAAUGCAGUUGAUCUUUACCUAAAUGCAACAUGUCAGUGAGGAUUGCUACAUUUAGAUCAGUAAAUAGACAAACUCCACAUGUACGGUGUCUUACCAGGUCUGCAUACCACAUACAGCAACAAAAUACACAAAACUCUAAAAGAAAAACUGGCACUUCAGUGUUACUCUUUAGAACACCUUUCUCUCUUUGAGCCGUGGAUCCUGCAGUUAAACGCAUCCAACUUUUAAAAUGCACACAAACGUCUGGCAAGCGAACGAUCCCGUGGCAGUUUCAUGAAUACGCGUUGCAGGAGCACUGAGGGCAUCUACAUUCAAAUGAAAUAUUCCAACGUCACCCAAAAAAUCCUCCCAGUUAAUCUUAUUCUCUUCCUGAAUUUUUUUAAUAAUAUAUUUAGAUAUAUAACAGUUUAUUAUUUAUUUCUGCAUGUAUUUAUUUACAAAGACAUUUAUAUUUCUAAAAUAGUAGUACGGUGCAAUUUCUGCACACUGCACUUUUUAAUAUGAGUUCUUUAAAUGUUUAAAUAAUACAACCUUAUCCCCAUGCAAAUGUUAUUAAAACACAAAAUCAUUUGGAUUGGCCACAUUCUUUGUGCUGAAGAUUACUUAAAUACUAUCCUUUAAGAUUUGGGUAGGAACACUAGCCUAUUUACCCGGUGUACACACUGGGUGUCUGACAAGAACAAUGCACAAUGUUACUUCGGUAAGUGAACAUUGACACUGUCCAUCGCAGUACUGAAAACCGGGUUUUCUGAAUGAAAUGUGUAUUGAUUAAAUGUAGUGCCUCUCUUUUCAGUCAUACUGUACAAUAUGCCUCGACACCAGUUGCUAUGGAACUACAUUCUUCAUGCUGCUAUAAUACUUUUCUGGAAGUGUCUAAAUGUCAUAUCAUCACUUUCUCCGCUUUUCAUUGUCACCUAUUUGGAUGAAAGGUUUUAUUUAUGCUAAUGCUAGAUUGAAAUCUUGUAUGUCCAUUAGAGAGAAUAAAAUGAGAAAAUAAAUCAGUUAUGUUGAGGAUGUCAAAGGUCAAGAUGUAAAACUUAACACCCUGUAAGCUAAUUACUGAUGAAAAAUGUUACUGGGCAGUUCCCUUUUUAAAUGUGUCUGUUUACACUGACUCUGUUUACAUGGUAACGAUGGAAUUGAGAGUUGUUGUAGAGUAUAAAGUAAAAUAGAGCAUACUGUACCUCAGGUCUGCCAGCCUAGAGAGCAUGCUCCCCUACAGUGGAGACAUUUACUUUAAUACCACAACAUCUCAAAGCAUCACAACUUUAAAAUCCGGGCAAAAAAGCAGUCAGUUAAACUGUUUGAGCCAUUCAGCAUAUACUCAUGUUUUCUGCUAUUUCAAUCCAUAAGCAGCUUUAACUGCAAGUGUAUUUAUUAUAUUUCGGGACAAUGUUUUGUGGACACAAUAUUCAAUAUUCAUAAUAUUCAUCCCUUCCGUAUGCAUUGUGGUUAACCCAACCAUCAACAACCAUUAAUUUGUUAUUUACAUGUUUGUUUUGUUUUUUUAUGUGAAAAAUGUGAAUAAAGUCAAUCACAGGCUUUCACAGCUAUUUUAUCUAAUGUAAAAUGUGCUGUACUUUACACUGCACUGGCUCAUGUUUGUGUCAUUUUUUAAAAACCCAGUCUUAAAAUGUGAUCCUGGGAUUGCUCCAGUCUGAGCUCUCCUGACAUUAUCCCUGUUGUUCUCACUGGAAUUUUAACCUGUGUCACAUUUGAGCCAACCAAUGCUUUGUUGGUGCAGUCACAAAACAAUCGCACUGAAUGUAUGUUUAAAAUGCUUUCUGCUGGGGUGGUUGCUUUGACUUGUCUUCUGGAGGCACUCUGGUUCCUUAUUGAUUGUAGCAGGUUAUUACAUGGAGUUGUGGGAAACACCUUUAAUAAUCUGUGCACUGGUGAGUGGGAGGACUUUACUGGUACAUUACGACCCUGUUAGUCAUAGCAUCUUGUAAAAAGUAAUGCUGUACUCUCACACUUGUUUUAUUAUCUACGUUCACUUUCUUUCUCUCAGUCUUCACAAAACCUACUUUUUCUAUACCCUCCUGUCUGGAGGAAUAUCAUGUACAUUGUUGUGCUUCCACAUCAGAUCUUGAUUUCGCACUCUCAACUUUAUUUUGCAUUGUAUAUAAACAUGGUUGCUGUGAACAGCAUAUUACAAAGUUGCAGCCAUUUACAAUUCCUAAAUGGGAAGUAGAAUCAGUCGGUGUCUUUGAGUGUUGGAGUUUAGCAUCAAAUGUUUGUGUACACUAAACACAUUGUCAUAAGAUAAAUAAAGAUGGAAAUUAUGCAACACAAAGUAAAA